CCUGUUUCCCCUCCCACUUUAUUAUUCUUUCCAAUCCUUACCUUCAUCUUCAUUCUUCACCAUCCUCCCCACAAAUAUCAAGAUCCCCAAAUGAAUCAAAACCAUCUUUUUAACUUCCUUCAGCCCUUCUCUCCAUUGAUAAACCUCUUCAUUAUCUUCACCUUGUUUUGCCUGGAAAGAAAGAUUUUAGCUGUGGAUUCUCAUUACACAGCCUGCAAUGUCUCAACAACCUGUGGCAGCCAAGAGAUAAAGUUCCCUUUCUACAUCCCAGACCAACAAGAAUCCUUCUGUGGAUACCCUGGAUUCGAGCUCUUCUGCCGGAAUAACAAAACUCUAAUUCUCACCCUUCCGAAUAACGAUGACUACACAAGGCAAAACUACACAAUUCAAGAGAUUUUCAAUCAGAACCAAUCUCUUCGUGUGUCGAAUUCAGUAGUUUUAGAUGCAGAGGAAAGUUGUUGCAUUCCUCCAAUCGAAAACAUUUCAAUUCCUUAUGACAGGUUCAAGCUGGCCUCAAACCAGAGGAAACUGUUUUUGCUUUCUAGAUGUAACUUGACCGAUGCCAAGGAAUUCUCACAACAUAAGGUGAAUUGUUCUGGGAAAAAAAUGGAUAAUUCUGUUCUGGCUCUGUUUGGGGAUGACCCUGUUCUGGGAAAUGCCUCAGAGAAGUGUCGGGAAGCGGUGGUGGCACCAGUGGAUGUGGGCGAAGAAGGUGGUGUUGAGCAUAUGCUGAGGAGAGGGUUUGUGAUGGAAUGGAUGGCAAAUAAUUGCAGCUUCUGCGAGGCCAGCGGUGGGAUAUGUGGGUUCGAUAAGAGCACGUACCAUUUCGAGUGUUUCUGCCCUGAUGGGCCUCAUGCUUCGCACUGUGUUCCAAAAGAUAUGGUUGGUGCGCGAAAAAAUAUCAAUGCUGAAUCCGACCAUAGCAGUGAAUAUUUUCCACAGUGGAUAUACAGACGUCUUGAAUUGGAUGAAGAACUUGGAUUUUGGAGCAGCAUGAACGAGAAUGAUGAGGAGAGAGCAAGGAAGAUGAUAAUAGUAGGUUUGUGGUGCAUACAGACUCACCCCUCAAACCGGCCGCCAAUGUAUAGGGUGGUUGAGAUGUUGAAAGGGAACCUCGAUGCUUUAGAAAUUCCACCCAAGUCUUUCUUGUCAUCUCCUCCGAGACCACCUGCCGAUGCCAAUAUUGAUUUCGAUUCCUCAAGUUCACUGAUUUUGUAAGUAGUCAUCCUUUGUAAAACCGUACCAAAUGUAACCAAUUUUAUUUGGAACAUUAAAUGUUAAAUUAUAUAGUAAGAAAUAGUUCUACUCUUC